AUGAAUAAAAGAAAAGCAGCAUAUAUUUGGGAACAGAAUUUAAUCGAAAGUUGUGAUCGUUUACCUGCUGUACCUGGUCGGGCUUCAAUUGUACACAGUCUUAUAGUGGCAUACGGUCUCUUGAAUGACACUAAAGUUAUUAGAUCUAAGACAGCUAGUUACUCUGAAUUGAAACUGUUUCAUUCAGAUUUGUAUCUGGAUCAUUUAAAAACAUUUACCGAUGUCGAAGAUGACUAUGUAUCUACAGCAGAAGAUGAAGAAUUUGGUUUGGGGUAUGACUGUCCUCCCAUGUCCGAUAUGUACAACAUGGUAUCUACUAUAGCUGGGGGCUCAGUAACUGCAGCGAAAAGUCUUUUAAUGAAUAUAGCAGAUGUAGCUAUAAACUGGUGUGGGGGAUGGCAUCACGCCAAUAGAUUCGGCGCAGAAGGCUUCUGUUACGUAAAUGAUAUAGUGAUCGCUAUUGAAAUACUAAGAAAAAAAUUUUCUAAAAUACUUUAUAUAGAUUUGGAUGUACAUCACGGGAAUGGAGUUCAAGAUGCAUAUGAUUUAAGUAAAUCGGUAUUCACUCUGUCAUUUCACAAGUACGAGCCUGGUUUUUAUCCUGGGAGUGGCAGUAUUGAUGAUAUAGGCACGUUAAAUGGAAAGGGAUAUGCUUGUAACUUUCCCUUCCAAGGGUUAUACACUGAUGAUACAUUUGUAUAUGCCUUUGAUAGUGCAUUUAACAUGGUAUAUGCAUACUUCAUACCAGAUGCGAUAGUGGUUCAAUGUGGUGCCGAUGCUCUUGCCGGGGAUCCCCACGGAGGCUCAGGACUUACUUUAAAUGGAUAUUGUUUGUGUAUUCAAAAGAUUUUGAACAAACAGAUACCUACAUUGCUAUUAGGAGGAGGAGGAUAUAAUCACACAAAUGCAUCUAAACUGUGGACAUUGAUCACUGCAACAGUGCUUGGAGUCACAAUAGACGAUAAUAUUCCUGAACACAGUUUUUGGCCACAAUAUAAAAGUGAUUACAGUUUAAAAGUACAACCAUUGUUGACUAAAGAUGUAAACACAAAGCAAUAUCUAGACAAAUGUAUCAAUUCUAUAAAAGAAAAUUUAAGAUCAUACUUCAAACAAGAUGAAAAAGACGAAAAUCAGGAGCCACAUUCGAAAAGAAGAAAGAUUGAAAUAGAAGAAAAACCACCAGAAAUAAAAAUACAUUCCAUGUUCAAAAAGAAAUUAGUUUUAAACAAUGUUGAUAAUAAAUGUCACUCAGAAAAAGAUAAGACUGAUACAAAACUUCAAAAUUCACUGGAUGUUUAUGAUUUUGUAGAUUAAAACUUAGUACCAAUAUUCAAAAUAAACUAUUAGUUUUGUUAACAAAAGAGAAAUCGGAAAAUUCUU